AUGGGCGGGCCACAGAGCUUGGUCCGGCUUCCCGUCGAACUUCAGAAAGAGAUUGUCGAUUUCUUGAGGUCCCACAAAGACCUCCGGGCCGUGUCCCUAUAUGUUGCUACACCAAAGCUGUACCGCGAGAUCUACCUGCCCGUGGCAAGCAUCAACGCACGUUUGCGGAGCUGCUUCAAUCUGGCCAACACAAACCUCAAGUACACGCGGUUCCUUUUUGUCGCUGAGGUCUGCUCCGAAUCUUAUGAUCACCAGAAGCAGGGGCGUCACAUGUUUGACCUUGUUCAUGCAUUCCCAAACGAUGCGCUUGAAGAGCUGCAUAUUGGCACCCUUGCAAAUGUUCCAAUUGACUUCACGAUUCAACUCUUCUACAGUCAGAAGAAAUUGCGCAACUACUGGAUGCACCCCCAGUCUUCCUACACGGUCGAACCUGGGGUCACCCAAUGUUUGCUCCAGUCGCCGGAGGAAUUUACUCGAAUUGUGAAGCUGGACCUCAUGAGCGGCAGCAUGAGCGACUGCCAUCAAAGCAGCCAUGUACUAGGAGCCACACCUGCCCUGCAAGAACUCACAAUCGUGUUCAAAAACUCAUUGCGCCAGACCUCGGCCAGCGCUUUGAAUGCCAUCUUCGAACGAUGGACUCGAGUUGAUGACAUCGAUGGUCCGAGAUGCAGACUCGCGCUGAAUAAGCUACGGUUGGCGUUCGUACACUGCUCAGCCGUCGGACCGUUGCUUUCUCGCGUUAUCGACAUCUCAAAGUUGGCUGCACUUCAACUACACUCUUGCCGUGAUACUUCCAAUCUGCUGCUCGAAUUCGACCAGAAAGGAAUGGACUUGAGCAGAUUUGUGCAGAAAUCCCACGAGCAUAUCACCAGCACACUGGAGCCUGUCAUGACGAGACAAACAAGCCUCACAGAGUUGUUCAUUCACAAGUGGGCGCCACGAACUACCAACCUCGACUGUUACGCGGAAACCAUCGAGAGGUGCGGCAAGAGUCUGCAGAUACUGUAUCUCGAAGACGAACCCACCUCGUACCAGACCCGAAAGCAGCAAGCGGACGGCGAACCCUGCUCGAAGGCGCUCCAUGACCUCUGUGCCAACUGCCCGAAUGUGGAGCAGCUCGCUUUUCAGCCUUCCUCGAACCCUGCAAGAUCAGACGUCCUAAACACGAACAAUCUCAGCGCAAUGCGUGCGGCAGAUCUCAUCUUCUCGCGCCUACGCAAGAGCUGCCCCCGAUUCGUGGCGCUGCACAUGGAUGUUCUCAGGAGGGACGAAUGCACGUCCACCUACGGCCACGAGGAAUUCUCAUACAUUCGGCACAUCCGCACCGAUUCCGCCGGUAACGUCGACGCAGGUGGUCGUCGGAUCUCGACUUGGCAGUUGCACCUCGAGGAGCCACAAAACGACAUCUUCUAA